AUGUCCAACUUGAAAUCACUUAUGAAAAUGUCUCAAUCAUAACUUGCUUCUAAAUGUUUGGCCCUAGAAGAAUUGUUGGAGAGGUACUAUUAAUUUGAAACAGCCUAUUACGACUUAUAAAGCAAAUACCAAAUCUUAUUAGAUAAAUAUGAGAGCAUUUGUAAAAAAGGUUAGUAAUCAAAGGACAUUGAUGUGUCUGAAUGGCAAUUAAAUAAGAAAAACCAAUCUGAAAAUGAAAUUGCAGACAGAAUUGAAAUAUAUGCUCUGGAUGACAUUGAAACAAAGCACUUUAUUCAGAGUCUUUAAGACUAAAAUUUGAGAAUGUAAGAAUAAUUAAAAUAAAACUAAAUUGAAUUUGAAAUGUUGAAAUUUAAGUAAAUACAUAAAUGAUAUUAGAUUUGAUCAAACACACUCCACUCCAGAUAUAAAUAAUUAGGAAGGUAUCAUUUCUACUUUAAAGAGUGAAAUAAGUCGUCUAAAUAAACUAGUAAAUCAAAUUAAAUAUUCCAGGUUUCAUAGUUAAGAUUAGAUAUCAGUAAUUUCAAAACAAGAGAAGUUGAUGAAAAUUGGCUGAGAUAACAAUUGAAUAACUAAUAAUUUUUGAAUCAGGAAAUAAUAUUAAGUCCUUAAUAUGAAUCAAAUGAAGUAACUGAGUUGUGA